AUGCGGGGCUGCUGGCAGCUGUUGGUGCUGCCCUGGGCGGCGCUGGCCCUGCAGGGACCCUGGGCGGGCAUCGGGACCACCGCGGGGACAGACUCGGAGCGCCGCGACUUCGGAGACGACGUCCUUGACCUGCUGGAAGCCCUCAACAUCAGCCGCUCGGUGCCAGGGGUCAGCAAGAUCAAGGGCCCCGAUCCGGGCAUCCCGGCUUGGAAGUUCCGCCGGCGGGUGCCCGCCCUCACGCUGCCCUGGGACUACUCGGUCUACCUGCUGUCCACGGUGCAAGCUGCCCUCGGCUUCCACUUCGUGGCCCGUCAGAGCCCCGGCUCAGAGGGGACCCUCAUCUCUCUGACCUCCCCGGCGGCCUUCAAGCGAGACGGGCACCCCCUCUUGCAACUGUCAUCCAACACCCAGGAGAACCAGCUCCGUCUGGCCUACCGGGCAGUGCAUAAUAUGGAACCGGCCUCGCUGGUCUUUCCCGGAAGCACCCCUUUCGCCCACGGCCGCUGGGCGCAGCUGGCCCUCAACCUGCAGCCACGGCGCAUCUCCCUCUACGUGGACUGCCAGGAGCCCUUCGUCUUUGAGAACGGCCGCGGGGAGGACCUGCUCAGCCUCCUGCUGCCCCUCGACCUGCAAAUCACCUUUGCCAGUCUAGCUGGAAAUGAAGCCAGCAAGUUCCUGGGCUCCUGGCAGACGGCCGAGAUCUCCCCGCAUGGCUUCUCCCACCGCCCCUGGCACUGUGAGAACCUGCCGGAGUUGGACCUCUUCUCUCUGCCCUACGGUCUCUCUGAGGACCAGUAUCUUGAUCUCCCGGAAGAACCCUCUCUAGAUCUGGAGUCCUUGCCACCUUUUGGACCGUUGGCCCUGGCAGAAACUCACCGCUACCAGCAAGAGCCCAGCCAACCAGAUUUGCCACCCCUGGGACCCUCACGGCCUGGCGUGGCCAGCCUGGAAGACCGGAUCCAGAGCCUGGAGGAGCUGGUGGAGGGGCUGGGAACCAUGCUGGAUAUGGUUAAGGAACAGAAUUCUGACCUGCUGGGCCGGGUGAAGAUUCUUGAACAAUGCGAGUGUCGGCGAGCGACCUGCUUUGCAGAUGGACGGCACUACGAGGAGGGGGCUUCCUGGGACCAAGACCCCUGCACCUCCUGCAUGUGUGUGCAGGGCAAGGCCGAGUGCCAACUGCAGCCCAAUCGGAUGCUCUGCCGGGGAUGCGCCGACGGCAGGAAAGAUGACGAGAGCUGGAAGCCGGAUCCUUGUCGGAGAUGCCGGUGCGAGGAUGGCAGAGUGACUUGUGAAGUGGAGGAUUGUCCCCCCGUGCCUUGCCAGCAUCCUGCCACCCCCGAGGACAGGUGUUGCCCCGAAUGUGGGGGUUGCAAGUACAAGGGACACCUGCUGAAGGACAGAGAUGGCUUCCUGGAGGAUCCGUGCACCCACUGCACCUGUGAGGCAGGCACAGUCCGGUGCCAAGUGACCGAAUGCCCUCAGCUUUUGUGCCAGGACCGCUACACGCCGCCUGGGCAGUGCUGCCCCAACUGCCAUAAAGCUUGUGAGCUGGAUGGCCACCCGGUGGAACCUGGGCAGGAGGCGACCUCGGCCGAUGGAUGCCAGCGCUGCUCCUGUUCUGAUGGAAAACUUCUCUGCUCCCAGAUUCCUUGCCCAGAGCUGGACUGUCCCAAUCCAGAGAAAGUGCCCGGAGAAUGUUGCCCUCGAUGCCAGAGUUGUGUGAAUGGAACCACCAGGCACGAAGACGGGGAAGAGUGGACGCCUCCCACGGACCCCUGCCUCAGAUGUAAGUGCCAGGAGGGCAACGCCAUCUGCCAGCGGAGGCAGUGCGCCAGUCUGUGCCGCCACCCUGCCCGCCCUCGGCCGGGGACCUGCUGCCCCAUCUGUGAUGGCUGCCUUUGGGAAGGACGCGAGUAUCUCAGCGGCCACACCGUGCAGAGCCCAGACCCCUGCAAACGCUGCCGUUGUGUGGCUGGCGAGAUCUCUUGCAGACAGUUGAGCUGCCCACCUGCUCACUGCAGCCAUCCUGGCCAGCGCCCAGGGGAGUGUUGCCCCACUUGUGAUGUCUGUGAAUUUGAAGGACAGUUGUACCAGGACAGAGAGAUGUUCUCACCUGCCGUGGGAGGCCCCUGCUUGCAAUGCCAAUGCUUGGAUGGGCACGUCCGAUGCCAGGAAGAACUCUGCCCCCCAACGCCAUGUGCCCGGCCCCUCCGAGACCCCAAACGUUGCUGUCCAGUGUGCACAGUUUGUGUUUUCGAGGACCUCGAGUUUGAAGAUGGCACCGAGUGGGCACCAGCGAGAGACCCUUGCAGCGUCUGCACCUGCCACCAGGGGAAGACCGCGUGCCAUGCCCUCCAGUGCCCGCCUGUCACCUGCCAGCAUCCAGCCCGGCUUCUCGGUUCCUGCUGCCCCCGAUGCCACGAGUGUCUCUACAACCAGCGCCUCUACAGCCACGGCCAAGAGUUUGCCGAUCCGGACAAUUCCUGUCAGAACUGCCAAUGCAAGGGUGGCACCGUCCACUGCUUGCCCACCGUUUGCCCACCAGUGACUUGCCCCCACCCACAGCAGAGGCCUGGAUCCUGCUGCCCUACCUGCCCUGGCUGCCUUCACGACAACCAGGUGGUGCAAGAUGGGGAGGAAGUCCCCAACCCGCUGGAUCCAUGCCAGUCUUGCAUCUGCACUGGGGGGGAGCUGGUCUGCGCCCCACGGAAGUGCGUGGCUCCCCUCUGCGCCCACCCCUUGCCAGGCUCCUGCUGCCAAAACAACUGCAAUGGCUGCAGCUACACCGGGAAGGAGUAUCCCAACGGAGCAGAGUUCCCGCACCCCACCGACAGCUGCCGGCAGUGUCACUGCAUUAAUGGCCAUGUGCAGUGCCUCUCUCGUCGGUGCCCACCCCUGCUCUGCCCCGAGCCCACCGUGAGACCCCAAGAGUGCUGCCCCCAAUGUCCAGCCCCUCCGGCCGGCUGCCUCUACUUGGGGGUCUCCUACAAGCACCUGGAGCGGUUCUACGACCCCUCAGAGAAGUGCCACACCUGCGUUUGUGCCAACGAUACCAUCACGUGCCAGCGCCAGCCCUGCGCACCGGUCCUGUGCUUGCACCCGCUGCGGCAGGGAUGUUGCCCUUCCUGUGAUGGCUGCCUUUACCAGGGCAAGGAGUUGCCCAACGGGGAGCAGUUUGCGGACCCCCAAGACCCCUGCCGCCUCUGCUCCUGCUGGGAAGGGGGCGUGGUUUGCAAGACCAAGGCCUGCCCUGUGACCGAGUGCCCGUUCCCGGUGCCCGGGCCCUGCUGCAAGAGCUGCGAAGGGUGCGAAUACGUCUCCCAGCGCUACCUGAGCGGGCAGGAGUUCCCGGACCCCCAGGACACCUGUGGUCUCUGCUCCUGCCUGGACGGCUUCGUCACCUGCACGAGGAAGCCCUGUUUCCAGGCGCCCUGCAGCCAUCCUCUCCGGACGCCCGGCCAAUGCUGUCCUACGUGCCAUGACUGCGCCUUUCAUGGGGUCACUGUUGCCAAUAGCCAAGCUGUUCCUGAUCCAGGAGACCCUCUCUGCUCGGAGUGCACCUGUCAGGCGGGCUCAGUUCAUUGCAUGAAGAAACUUUGCACGCCACCCAGCUGUGCCCAUCCAGUGCCCGGCCCGUGCAGCUGCCCCCUGUGCCAGGCCUGCAGGUUCCGGGGCCAGGACUACGAAGAUGGAGAGAGCUUUGCUUCCCCACACCAGCCCUGCGAGGAAUGCCAAUGCCUGCGUGGAACGGUGAAGUGCUCGCCCACUCCGUGCCCUCCCGUGCCCUGCCAGGAACCCGUCACGCCCCCCGGCCAAUGCUGCCCCAAAUGCCUGGGCGCCUGCCGCUACCAGGGGCAGCUCUACAAGAGCGGCGAGGUCUUUACUUCACCCCAGGAUACGUGCCGCAAUUGUACUUGCCAGGCAGGAACGGUGACGUGCCAGCCCAAGCCUUGCCCGCAGCAGUGUGCCCACCCCGUGCCCCCCACCAGGGCUGCCUGCUGCCCCCUCUGCGAUGGCUGCCUUUACGAAGCUCAAGAAUACGCCGACCGAGCAGUCUUCACCCCACCCUCCGACCCCUGCCGCCGCUGCAGCUGCCUCAGGGGCAACGUGCUCUGUGCCCCUGUGGUGUGUCCACCGACCUCGUGCGCCAAACCCAGCCAAAAACCCGGCGAAUGUUGCCUGCGGUGCCAAGUAUGCCAGCACGCAGGUCAGGAGUAUCCUGAAGGCAGCCAGUGGCUUUCAGCGUUGGACCCUUGCCAGGAGUGCUCCUGUGGGCCUGGGGGCGAAGCCACUUGCCAGCCGGUGCCGUGCAAAGCUACACUCUGCUCACACCCGGCUCCGGGCCCCUGCUGCCCCAUGUGCCACGAUUGCAUCUUCGAAGGGGAGCGCUAUGCCCACGGGCAGGAUUUCCAGCUGGAGUCGUGCCUGCAGUGCGUCUGCCAGGACGGGAACGUCCGCUGUGAGAUGAUCUCCUGCCCUCCUGCCACGUGCGCCCGGCCGGUGACGGAGCCCGGAAUUUGCUGCCCCCGUUGCCAAGGUUGUCUGCACGAGGGCCAGGAUCGGGCCGAUGGCAGCAGCUGGUUUUCUCCCUCGGAGCCCUGCCAGGCCUGCCUGUGCGCAGACGGCGUCGUCACUUGCACCCAGAUCAUCUGUGUGAACUCCUGCCCUGCGCAGGUGGAAAUGCCCGGGCAGUGCUGCCCAGUGUGUGCAGAUUGCAGCUACAGGGGCCAUAAUUACGGGCCAGGGGAGAGCUUCCAGCCUGGAGGAGACCCCUGUGAAAUCUGCACCUGUCAGCUAAUGUCCGACGGCCAUCCACACCUCCAGUGCCAUCACAAACAGUGCCCCAGCCUCCUGGAUUGCACCCAGGACCAGAUUCAGGCGCCGGCGCCUGGCGCCUGCUGUCCCACCUGCGCACAAGCCCUCAGCAACUGCACCUCCGACCUGCUGGGCAACGAGGUCCAAGCCACCCAGGAACCCUGCUACACCUGUAUGUGCCAGGAUCUGACCUGGGUCUGCGUCCACCAAGGAUGUCCCUCGCUCAGCUGCCCCAGCGCCCAACGCUUCACCCCGCCGGGUUCCUGCUGCCCAGUCUGUGACGAAUGCGUGAUAGAGGCUGAUGGACGGUUGGUGUCCGACGGGGAGACCUGGAAGGACAGUGCGGACAGCUGCGUAUCCUGUUCCUGCCACCUGGGACACGUGGAGUGCCGCAUCCAGGAGUGUCUGCCCUUGGUGUGCCAGGAUGGCCUGGUGGAGGUACGGGUGCCAGGGCAGUGCUGCGCCGAAUGCCAAGAGCCCGCCCAGAACUGCUCCCACCUGAGCCAGGUGUUCCAGUCCAACCAGCGCUGGCAGGUGGACGAAUGCACCUCCUGUACCUGUGUUUCUGGCCAGGUGCGCUGCCGUCGUGAACGCUGCCCCCCCGCCAGCUGUUUUGCGGACGAGACUCCGGCCCUGAUCCCCGGCGUGUGCUGUCCCCGCUGCAUCCCACAUCCCGCCACCUGCGUGGCCUUCGGUGACCCCCACUACCUGACGUUCGACGGCAAAAUGAUCCACUUCCAAGGGGCCUGCAAGUACAUCUUGUCCCAGGAUUGCCAUGGGGAGGACUUCAGCAUCCAUGUGACCAACGAGGACCGUGGACGUCCGGGCGUGUCCUGGACCAAGGAAGUGACCGUGUUGAUUGGGGACACCACGUUGCAGUUGCUACAGGACGGCGUGGUCAUGGUGGACUCCCAGACGGUGACCCUCCCCUUCCUGAAGGAGCCCCGCCUCUCCAUGGAGCCAAAGGGCAACACUCUGCUGCUAAACACCGACAUCGGCGUCAAGUUGCUCUGGAACGGCCGCUCACACCUGGAAGUCAGCGUGCCCGGAACGUACAAAGGGCGCCUGUGUGGGCUUUGUGGCAACUUCAACGGCUUCCCCCAGGACGAUCUGCGCAUGCGGUCAGGGCACCUGAGCCUGUCGGAGGCAGCCUUUGGGAACAGCUGGAAGGUGGCCGAUGCCAACGCUACAGGGUCCCACCGCUGCGCCGACGCGCUGGAUGCAGAUCCCUGCAAAGAAUCCGGGUACCGUUCCCGCAAAGAGGCCAACGCCCGUUGCAAGGUGCUGAAGUCACCCCCCUUCGCGCGCUGCCAUGCCGCCGUGCCCCCGGAGCCCUUCUUCGCUUCCUGCGUCUACGACCUCUGCGCCUGUGGGGCUGCCGGCCCGGACGACUGUCUCUGCGAGGUCUUGGAGGCCUAUGCCAGCCAGUGCCGCCAUGCUGGCGUGACGCUCCGGUGGCGCUCGCCUACCCUCUGCGCCGUGGGCUGCCCCCAAGAGCGGGGCUAUGUCUUUGAUGAGUGUGGCCCUCCCUGCCCCAAGACCUGCUUCAACCACGCCGUGCCCUUGGGGGUGCUGGAGUCCCACUGCUUUAAGCCCUGUGUGCCAGGCUGCCAAUGUCCGGCGGGCUUGGUGGAGCACCAGGCCCACUGCAUCCUCCCAGAGUCCUGUCCACCCAUCGUCCACGGCACCCUCUGAACUGGAUCACCUCAGGAGAGCUACCUUCCUUGGCCUUCGCUCCCUUCCGGGACAGCUGUGGACCUUUGACAGGGUACCUUCUCCAACUGCCGAAACACAACACACAGGUUCACACACACACAGAGAGAGAGCUGCCUUGGUGGUGCACUCUCCCUUGGGGGAGGGGAGGGUCAACCGAUAUGUUUUGCAAAGGCAGAAGCUGCCCCCGGCCAUGAACUCUUGAGAAAUCUGGGCCCUGGUGCUCAUGAACGAGAAUUUCCACCCAAUGUUCCAGAACUAGCAGAAAGUUUGAAUGAUGAACCACAAUUAACGAGGCAAAACCAAAUCAUUGUGAUUUGUCUUGUUUGGGUUGCGUUAUGGGUCAGAGAUAUACACAGUUCUCCCUCCCUAUCCCUUUUCUUCCUGGGCCUUCAAACUCAAAUCACAAAUCAUACAUGCACAUACAUGCUCACACAUAUCUACACACAGACACACAAACACAGACACACACACACCCUCUGGAAUCUCCUUCCACCUUCCAUGAACAAAGUGGAUGAGAAAUGCCACUAACACUAACCCUAUAUUGUCUCACUGCAAAGUGCUCCUUGGUGUCAACUUGGG